UGAGUGGCCAAAAGUAUUGCAACAAACAUGGCUGACGUCAUCACAAUUUUACUCGCUUCAAAUCUUAUUUUUAUUGCUGACGCGUAACAAAGUAAGCUUGGGUCGUGAUGUCAGGUAUGCGAAUUAACUAGGGUACGAAUUAUAUGGGGAACCGUUUGUAAUUCAAAGUAGCAGACGAUUUCCGGUAAGGUAUCGAAUGAAAACAAUGUCGAAGAAUGAAAGAGAAUUGUCAAAGGACCUAAAGGAAAGGAUCGUAAUUCUAAAUUCAAAGGGAUUUAAUGACAACAAAAUUAGUGAAUCAUUGGGAAUCCAUCGAAGCACUGUUGGACGAGUUUUGAAAAAAUUCCGUCAAAAAGAAAGUGUUAAAAACGAUCCCCGGAGUGGAAGACCCCGAGUGAUAGAUGAGAGGGGUGAUUGGAAACUUUAUCGCAUUCUGAAAACUAACAGAAGACAAUUUCUUCAAGACAUUACAUCAACUUUUAAUAGGAAUGAAGGUACAAAUGUGUCCAGGAGAACUGUUCGUCGUAAGUUACACCAGGAAGGAUACAGGAGGGGCAAAAUUCAGAAAACACUUACAAUCGCUAAAGUCAACAAACAACGCCGAAUUUUGUGGUGCCGAGGAAAAGACAUUGGAAACCUGAACAGUGGUAGAAAGUUAUUUUCUCAGACGAAACACAGGUAGUCAUUGGACAAAAUUACUCUGUGAGUUUGUGGAGAAAAUCGUCCGAGAAGUGGAAACCUUACCGUCUGAACUAACGCAAAACGCCCGUGAGAGUAAGUUGUAUGUUUUGGGGGUGUAUUACCUAUUAUGAUAUUGGUGUUCGUGUACCUGUUGAUAGAAAUCUAAACUCAACAAAGUGUAUUGAAUUGCUGGAUAAUCACUCAUGGCCCGUUGUUAGCAAAGUUUUUGGAAAUCAGCAAUUUAUUUUCCAAGACGAUAAUGACACCCUCACUCCUCUAGACAGACCAAUACUUGGAAACAAGAAAACGGUAUUCCAAAAUUCAAGUGGCCUGCACAGUCCCCGGACCUUAAUGUCAUUGAAAAUGUCUGGCGUUGUAUCAAAAUGAAACUGUGCCGUGAGUUUGAUGAUAUUAAAAACCGGGAUGACCCAAUGGCUCCAGUGACAAUAAUUUGGAAUGGCCUCUUUUAAACAUAUAUCCGUAUCUUCCAUGCUUCAAUAUCUUCAAGACUACGACAAGUUAUUAUUCAGAAAGACUUUGCAACAAAAUACUAGGAAAAAAUAGUAAAUAAAUAAUGUUAAUUUCAUUGAAAGUUGGUUUUUUCCAUGCAGCUGAUAUUUACAUUGUGAUGACGUCAGCCAUGUUUGUUGCAAUACUUUUGGCCACUCAGUGUAUAUAUUUCAAAGUCUGAAGUGCUCUUACAUAAAUGAUAGUAUCCUUUUAAAAAGUGAGUAUUAAAAUUAAGUUGUUUCUUGAUUUUGUUUCCAAUUUCGAUAUAACUAAAUAUUUUAUAUAUUACAAUUUCCGUGUAUUAAUUUGGAAGUAGUUUAGAAUAUUUAAGAUUGUAGCGGCCGAUUUGAUGCAGAUGUUUCAACAGAAUGAUCUUGAUGAAACUGUCCUGCUUCCUUGCCAUAUGCUAUGCUGUUUUUCAUGUUACAGAUGACAUAAAUGAGGUCUCUUUACUGAUCUUGAAGUUGAACUCUGACCGAAUACAGAAAUCAUCCAAAUCUACUAGCGGCAGUUUUCCCUGGUAUAUCGGUUCUAGCGAUUGAUGUGCUUUUAGACCAUGCUUCAAACCACAUCAAAUGAAUGAACAACGCCCCUUUUCCGACACCCCUGUAAAUGACAUACUACCGACUGAUUUCUCCGGAUUUCAGGGAUCCGUUAUUUAGCAGUGUGGUGUCGGAGUACAUGCAACGCUGGAAAAUUAAAACUUGUCAUUUCACCCAAGGAGGCAUGCAUAUACGGAUUGAUAGGCUUUGACAACAAACAACCAAAAUGGCGGCCGGUGAAUUAGAAAGUGUCUGAGUGCAUGUAGGAUAUCUGAACGGAGAAUAGGAGUACUGCAUCCCAUCUGAUCCUGCAGCUGACGAUUACGACAAAAGGAAGUCGCUGCGAUUACGACAACAGGGAGUCACUGAUUAAGCUGUGAAGAUUGGAAAUGAAGAAAAAGGCGAGGCGGAUCAUAAUCUGCAGUAUCUCGGUGUUUAUCUUGAUUUAUUUAAUGUGCACACCAUUUCGUGGAAAACGAUACAAUACGCAAGAAACUUCUUACAAACUUGUUCAGGCAUAUAUAAAAACAGGGAUCAUUAAAACUGUUCCCUUGGGUCCCAUAACGUGUGCUGAUCAAGGCGAAAAUGUGUUUCUGCUCAUCAUGGUACCCAGUGCCGUUUCAAAUUUUGAACAAAGAGUCGCAAUUCGGAAAUCGUGGGGAAACAUUUCAAAUAUCCACCCAGGAGUUCAAGUGAGAUUUCUCUUAGGAAGGAGUGAAACUCCGGCUCUGCAAGAUUUAGUGCAAACUGAGCAGUUUAUAUACAAUGAUAUUAUAACGAAAGAUAUACUUGAAACAUACGAAAAUCUGACAAGGAAAUCGAUUGCUAUAUUGCACUGGGUCGUUUCAUAUUGUAAACGAGUUCGUUAUCUCUUGAAGAUAGACGAUGAUAUGUUCCUAAAUCUCCCAAGACUUUUAAAACACUUGACGAAAGAUAAACCAACAAAUUCAAUACUCGGAUGCAAGGUCAGACAUUCCUCACCCUUUCGGUUUUCAUAUUCUAAGUGGUAUGUUUCGUGGGAUCAAUACAAGGAAAAAGAAUAUCCGGAAUACAUAUCCGGAACCGCCUACCUGAUCUCCGGAGAUAUUGUAACCAAGCUCUACCGAGCCACGCAGGACGUGCCUUAUUUCAUGUUUGAAGAUGUUUUCGUAACUGGCUUGUGUCGGGAACACAUCGGAGCUAUUGCGACAGAGCACCCCGAAUUCAGCUGUGGUUACCGUGACCGUGGUCCCUGUGGUGCUAACUUUAGAUACAGAGUCACUGGUCAUCAUUACAGUCCGUCCGAAGUAACCCGAAUGUGGGUAGAACUGCAGGACAGGUGGUCAGACUGCCGGUUGAUUGACUUCUCUUUUGUGUACGUCUUGGUGGAUACCCUUAAAUGGAUUUUCCUGUAAUGCUAAAAAAUGUGUUCAUUAUACCCGGUAUUCAUUUAAUUAGAAUAUUGCAUUCCACCGAUAAAAUGAUCUCGUAAAUAUGACAGGAAAUACUAGUAUUGCACUUGAGAGAAAAUUAUUUUCUUAUAACAGGAAAACAAACUCUUACAUGUACAGUAAAUAAAUGAGGCAAUUUUUGUAUAUAUACGAGCUGAUAGAGUGGCAUACCAGUGCUUGUCUCAGGCUAUUUUUAUGUCCCCGUAAUCUUAGAUUCAGGGGCAUUUAGAGUAUUGGUCUGUAUGUCUGUCUGACAUCUAGUGUGACCGCAAAAACUUUAACCUUGACCAUAACUUUUGAAUGGGUGAUUACAGGGUUUUCAUAUUUCAUACGCAUAUUCCUUGUGACAAGACCUUUCUUUUGGUAUCAUAUUUUUAACCUUCAACUUUGAGUUUUACCUACUUUUGAAAAACUUUAUCCUUGGUCCAACUUUUGAAUGGGUAGUGACAGGACUUCACAUGUGUGUCCCUUUUGACCAGACCUUUAUUUAUCUAACGUUUUUGUUUGACCUCAUGACAUUGAACUGGGAGUUUGACCUUACUACUUUUGGGAAAAACCCCGCCAACUUUGGCCAUAAAUGGUUCGUUAUAGGGAUUUCAUAUGUGUAUUCCAUAUUAUACGACCUUUCUAUGGGUACCUUAAUCACUUUCCUGCCACACGGGACAUCAGUGUUUCACAAACACAUAUUCUUUGAAUAUGUUAUUGAAUUUUUUUUUUUUAAUUUCAUUUUGAUAAAAAAAAAAUCAUGACGUGGUUGAAAGUGUUUACUGAACGUGAUGUAUUUCAAAACGUGAAGUAUGUGCGAGUGCAUUUAAUGUCUAUUUUCAUAACCAAUUUAGCAUAGGGAUCCAAAAUAAAAAUGAUGUAGUUUCCUCUAGACACUGUUUUUAAUUAGCUUACAGUGCGGUUUUGUGUCAUCUAAGUCACUCAUGUGACCCAUUGCUAUAGGUUUUUGUACGUUGUGGUUUUAGCUGCAGAUCUAUAGCCCCCUGGAAAAAUAUUGGGACAGACCAGAGAGCUACAGAUUCACACCUUAUAAAACCUUAUAAAACCUUUUCGGUGCAGAAAAAAUGCAUACGUUUGAGGCCUUAUAUCGCUGUAUUCUUGCAUCGCCGUCUCAAACAAUUAUUCAAAAAAAUCCUAACAUCUUUGUAAUGAACAUGUUUUUUUUUUUAUUUCUGCGAGACAAGUGCCCAGACUUGAAGACCAUGAACUGAGAAUAGACUUAAGUCUAAAUUUCAAAUCCAGCUAACUUUUGAAAUAGUUUCCAUGAAAAUUUUUCAGUAUAUGUUUGCAUUUGAUGUUCUCAUAAACCUGUAGUUUAUUAAACAUCUGUACUGACUAGAUAAAUCUUAAGAUAUAAGUAAUCAAAAAUUUUACUCAAGUCUAUUCUCAGUUUAUGGUCCAGAGGCCAGGAUUUCUGUGUCCAUUAUUAUCGUGUAAAGGCUAUAUGGAAUAUUACUUUCUGGUAUGUUUAAGGUGAUACGAAUAAAAUAUCCGUAAUUUGGUAGAAAACAUCGGUGAUAUCCUUUUUUCAUCAUCAUAACAUCAAGGAAGAAUAACGUACUUUCAUCUGAUUCCAUCGUAAAUUUCAAUGAAGGACUCAGAACGUUAAGAAUGAGAAAACGUUUAUUAGAUCAUCUUCACUUUUGUCCCAGAUAUUAAGUAGUUGUCUAAAUAGCGUUGCCAUGAUUUUAAAUAAAAGUUUUACUGGAAAAUUUCUCCAACAAUAGAAGACAUUUUUUCUUCUAAAAUCCAAAUUGAUUGGCGCAUAUUUCGUCCUUAUCUCCUUGCCGUUUGUUUGUAAACCAUUUUAUCAAAAUGCCUAGAAUUAACUGUAGAUUUUAAGAACAAAAUCCUUUGGAAAUCCAUCAUGUAAACGAGUAUGCAAUUGAUUAAAAAGAACAGUUUUAUGCAUUUUCACGAAAUGGUUUUAAAAAUCAGAGAAUGACAUUCCACAAAGAUAAUCGUUUACUGCUAGGCGCUUUCUUCUUGUUUCCAUGGUUACAAUAUUAUUUUUGUAAAAUAUCUGAAGACGAAAUAAAAGCUUUUAAUGUGUUUUACUGGAUGUGUUGCCGUUUUUUAUUUUAUUUAUACAGUACCUGGCCAUAAGUGAGUCAUCAUUUUAUUUUUUUUACUAUAUACAUGUACUUCAUUUGAAAAAAAGCAAACACGUGUAUUGCAACGUUUUUUGUAGCUCAUUUUUAUAAAAUGCAGAACUGUUUGUAUUUUCUACAUAUAAUUUUAAAAUACGUUUAUCUGUACGCGUUGUGGUGAUAAUCACCCAUCAAAUGUGAAAUUGAAACUUUACGGCACAAAUUUGUUUUAAAAAAUUGUAGCAUUUUGAGGUUAGAAAUUUUCAUCCUUGAUGAUUUCAUAAAUUAUUCUCAAUGACCUAUUUAUCACAACUUGCUUGCAUCAUAAGAUAAGAAAAUUUUAAAGAUUUUGCAUAAUUAAGUGGCAGACGAAACACGAGAUAUUUCCAACAAAGAGCAACUUGUUUUAUGCAUUCGAUGGGUUGAUAAAAAUUUUACCGCUCAUAAAGAUUUAUUAGGAAUGUACUGUCUUUCUGACAUUGGGGCUAAUUCAAUAACCCUAGCAAUUAAAGAUGCCCUUUUGAGGUUCGAUCUGCCUAUCAACAAAGUACGAGGCCAGUGUUAUGACAUGGCUGGUUCAAAGACAGGUGUUGCAACACAAAUUCAUGCACUUGAACCCAGAGCCCUUUACAUACACUGUUAUGGUCAUGCUCUUAACCUAGCUUGCAGUGAUUCUAUUAAGGGAUGUAAGUUGCUUAGAGAUACCCUGGACAUAGCAAAGGAUAUAACAAAGAUGAUUAAAGAAUCUCCAAGAAGAGAGAUGAUUUUCAAUACAUUAAAAAAUGCCCAAAAAUCUAGAGAAAAGUCAGCGGGAAUAAUGGUUUUGUGUCCCACAAGAUGGACAAUAAAAGCCGACACAUUUUUGAGCAUUUUGUCGAACUAUGAAAUUCUAAGAAAUGUUUGGGAUGAAAGCCUCCAAUACGUGUGUGAGGUAGAAAUGAGAAACAAAAUUAGGGCAGUGGCUGCUUAUAUAUGCAGGUUUGGGUGUUUACUGAGUGAAAAUCUUUUACGUUAUAGUGAUAAUUUGGCAAGGGCUCUGCAGGCUCCAAAUCUCUCGGCAAGUGAUGGUCAAAAAUGGCAUCAACGACAAUGAGUGCUUUGCAAAGUCUCUGAGAUGAGACAAUCCUCACUUAGUUUUACGAGGAAGUUGUUGAAAAUGCAAAACAGAUGAACAUCGAUGAUCCUGUUCUUCCUAGAAAACGCAAAAUUCGUUGUAAACUUGAUGAUGGGACAGCAGCACAUACUUUUUCAUCGUGUGCAGAUAUGUAUAGGAAAGAUUUCUAUGAGGCAUUAGAUCUGCAUUUAGCUGACAAAUCUUAGAUUUGACCAACCAGGUUACAAAGCUUAUGUUAAUCUUGAAAACUUCGUAAUUAAGGCUUGCACAGGUCAAACGUUUGAAGAAGAUUAUUAUUCAAUUUCGUCACGACCCUAUAUGAUACAGAUUUGAAGCCAAGGGACAUUUACUGCCAGCUUAUAAUGUUAAAGACUGUUUUGCCAAAAGACUUUACCCCCGAUAUACCAAGUGUGGUUGAAUUUUUCAAACAUUCAAAUGAAAAAAGUCUGUUUGCCGAGAUCCUCAAAAUUCUCAAACUAAUUUUGGUACUUCCUGCAACUCCUGCACCUUCCUGCGCUCAUUCAGCGUUUUGAGAAGAUUGAAAACAUCACUGAGAUCAACAAUGACCAAAUACGAACAAAUAAUUUGCUUUUAUUGCAUGUUCAUAAAAAUGAGACUGAUGAACUGAAUCCAGAAAAAAUAGUUGAGGAGUUCGUAAGUGAAAGUGAACACAGACUGGCGAGUUUUGGGAAGUUUACCGAGUACUAAAUACCUUAUGACUCAGAAAUGAUUGAUAACAAAAUGAUAAAGAUAUAAACAAAAACAAAAAAAGAUUUUAAAAAAUCCUUAACAUCCCCCCUCCAAAAAAAAACAACAAACAAACAAAACUUAAAAUUAAAGUUGAGGGGUUUUCUGGGAAACUAAUUAGAUUCUAUGUACAUAAUUAGAUUUAUGUACAUGACGUACACCUCAAUGCUUGCACAUAUAUAUGCAGUUAUCUUUUUACUAAUGGUUUUGUCGAUAUCACUUUUUAGUCGUAAAUUACUUUGGUGUGGUGCCCCCAAAGUGAAAUUGCUUCCUACGGGCCUGCCAAUACACAGGAGCACAGAGCACCGUGCAAAACAUUUACAUUUAGUAAUGGGAUGCUUACUCCUCCUAGGCACCUGAUCCCACCUCUGAUGUGUCCAGGGGUCCGUGUUUGCCCAACUAUCUAUUUUGUAUUGCUUAUAGGAGUUAUGAGAUUGAUCACUGUUCGUUAUCUUCACCUUGCAUUUACGCUGUUUACUUUUUGACAUGAAUCAUUUCUGAUGCUAGUAGUUUGUAACCCUUGCUAGCUAUAUAAAGCAAAAUAACUUUGUCCACUUAAUAAAAUUUAUCUUUUACACUGUUGUUCUAUUUCUACAAAUGAUCCACGGGGUGAAAACUUCACUCAAGCUGUUUCUUUGCAUUGUAAUAUAUUUUACUUGUGAUAAAUUUCAAAAAUCCAUUUUUCACGUUAAAUUAUUUACAUAUAUAUAUGUAUUUACGGUUUAAAACAUUUAGGAUAUGGUAGGAGUGUAAAUGUCAGCAAUUUUUGCCUAAAUUUUUUGUUUUGUCAUUUUGUUUAAUGUUAGAAUAAUUAUAUUUACUACAUGUAUUAGCGCGCAGUAGAAUUGUGCAUUCCGGAACUGUUCAUUUUUAUCGGUUCCGUUUUUAGUGUUUAUUUACGCAUUGUCGAGCAUGUGCAUUGAAAUAACGUACAGCUAACGUAAUGCACAACGUGCGAUAUCCACUUUUGGGGUUUUCUUUUGUUUACAUUAGUCAUAACUUUCUAGAAGUUUGGUCAGAGAGAGAACAAGUUCUUACGUUGAUGAAUAAACGACAACCCUUCAUCAUCAGUCUUUGAACUUCAUUGAUAAACUGGCCAGGGCUGCUACAAGGAGACCUGAGUAACUGUCUAUGCCUGGACGUGGAAUUUUUCCACUCGUGAGAUAGAAAUCAUAUCACAAUCAAGGACAGAGGUUGCUUAAAUGUAUCCAGAGUAUUUCUAUUGCUAAUGGGGGAUUUAUUUUAACUUCAAUAUAACAGAUAGUUCAAUAUAACCGACUUCAGUAUAAGUGUAGUGGACUGUAUUUCUAUGCAUAGUGAGCCAAAGUAAACCAGGUGACCGAUAACAUCGUACAUGACGUGAAAGACUUUUGAUUAUUGGACAACAGUUAAACGGGACCUUGAGGUCAGCUGUUAGCGCUGAUAUCACGAAAUUUCCAAAUUGAUGCAACACCUCAGUAAGCUGUGUAUCUGUAAGAGUUAGCGUUUAACUUAAUUUGACGCGUGUGUAAAAUAAAGUUGUGUGCACUGUUUUGCUACAAUGUACUAAACUCAGGUGUGUAUCGACUGGUAUGUGGGGAAAUCUCUUAUGUCAGUGGCCCUUAUUUUGUUGUCUGUAUAAAUUUCUGUUAGACGAACUUUCAUUAUGGCAGAGGCUUUGAAAGAGAUUAUUGACUAUGGAGUAUCGUUAGGUUACAAGGAGGAUGCUCUUAGAGAAUUUGUUAAAGCUCAGCAGGAUAUUCAACGCGAAGAGCGACAGACAGAAAGGGAGCGAGUGAGAGAAGAGUUAGAAUAUACGCGAACAAGAGAGAAACAGGAGAAAGAUAUGCGACUGGUCCAUCAGCAACAAAUGGAAAUACUGCACCAGAAAGAGAAACUUAAAGCCGCGGGUAUCGAUGAGGUGAGUGUUAAGUUUAAGGGACCGAAAAUUCCAGCUUUUGAGGAUGGGAAAGAUGAAAUGGAUAUCUAUUUGCGCAGAUAUAAACGAUAUGCAGAGUUACAAAAAUGGUCGAAAUAAUCUUGGGCUAUGAGUCUUUGUGCACUUCUAAAAGGUAGGGCUAAUGUUUAUGCAUUAUUACCAGCAGAUGAUGCUUUAGAUUACGAUCAGUUGAAAUUGGCUCUUUUAAAGCGCUAUGAACGUACAGAAGAUGGGUUUAAGCGGAAAUUUAAAUCAGCUAAACCAGAUGCGGGCAGGGCCGUAAAUUAACCUUCAAUUUGGAGGAGGCAGGAAAUUAGGCGGGGGUCUGGGGGUCGCCCAGGCCCCCAGACGCUGAGCACAUUUUGUGCACACUGAACACGUUUCGUGCAAAAUCCUUGAUUCUAGGGCCUUCUAAGAUGUUACUUGACUAACUCAUUCUAAAAGAAAGAUUUGGAAUGCUUUUUAAGGGAGGUAUCAUGUUCUUAGUUAUUGGAAACAACAUAAAUUCUAAUGAACUUUAAAUUUUAAUUUUUUUUGGCUCAAAAGUUGGAGGAGGCAGCUGCCUCCUCCGCCUCCAUGUAAUUUACGGCCCUGGAGGGUGAGACAUUUGAACAGUUUUCUGUUAAAGUGAGUAAUUAUUUGCAAAGGUGGUUAAAAAUGGCAAGUAUAGCGGAAACGUUUGACGCAUUAUUUGAUUUGGUAUUGCGUGAUCAGUUUCUUAAUGUUUGUAGUAGAGAUUUGACCCUGUUUUUGAAAGAAAGAACGCCAAAGAACAUUCAGGAUAUGGUGCAGCUGGCAGACCAAUAUCGAGAGGCACGAAUGGUCAGUGCUGCCACCCUGAUCAAUGCCAAAGGUGAGAGAGUUCAAUAUCCAGCAAAGACUAAUUCUGGAAAUCAGCCUUCUCAUUCCGGAAAUCACAAAGACAUGUCAGGUAAGAAGGACCAUAAUACUAAGUCAUUUGUUCCUAAAUCUGAGAGACGAUGUUAUAAGUGCAAUACAUGUAGGUUGGGACACAUUGCUUCGGAGUGCAGAACAAAACCAAAGGUUGGCGCCAUCACAACUGAAGAAGCAGCAGAGUUCCAGGAAACGACAUCCACUUCGGCCUUUAUUAGCACGAUGCCUACGGAGACAAUGACAGCUUCAUUGAAUCUUGACUCGUCUACCACGGUUUCCUCGUCAUGCUAUAGACAGCAACACCACAACAUGCCGUUAGCAGCAGGGUACGUUGAAGGUAAGCCAGUGACUGUGUUAAGAGACACAGGAUGCAAUGGAAUAGUGGUACGGAAAAGUAUGAUUGAUGAGGCAAAUAUAAUCAAAGAUAAACUACAAACGUGCAUCUUGGCCGAUGGUUCAUCUAUUAGAGUACCAGUUGCUUACAUUUUUAUUGAUACGCCCUAUAUCACAGGAACAUUUGAGGCAUGGUGUAUGGACAAGCCAGUUUACGAUCUCGUUAUUGGUAACGUCGAGAAGGUAAGACCACCAGGAGAUCCAGAUCCUCAAUGGUCAGAGACGCAUGCUGUAGAAACCUGCCAACAAGCCAAGCCGAAACUAAAGCCAUACCCUCAACUCGGAGUUCCGGAGAUCCUCAAGGAGGAAAUCACCCAAGAGGAUAUCAAAGCAGAACAGCAGACGGAUGAAUCAUUGGAGAGAAUACGUUGGUUUGUACACAAUGGCUUUGUAUAUCGUGAGUAUCGAUCUAAAAUCAAAACGUGCAAAACUUACAAACAGCUUGUAGUUCCGAAGAAAUUUAGAGAAAUUGUCAUGAAGUUAGCGCAUGAAUCUAUUAUGGCAGGACAUUUGGCUAUAUCUCGCGCAACACACAGAAUCCUUUCCGAAUUUUAUUGGCCUGGACUACAGUCUAAUGUUAAAAGAUUCUGUCGCUCAUGUAAUAUCUGCCAACGGACCAUACAGAGAGGUAGGGUUUCAAAAUUUCCUCUUCAGAAAAUGCCACUCAUUGAUGUUCCUUUCAAAAGGGUUGCCGUGGACAUUGUUGGACCUAUUCAUCUUGUUACCGAUAAAGGAAAUAGGUAUAUUCUAACCUUGGUCGAUUUUGCUACUAGAUAUCCCGAAGCGAUACCAAUGCCAUCGAUUGAAACAGAGAGUCGCCGAAGCAUUGAUAGAUAUUUUUUCCAGAGUUGGGGUACCAGAUGAAAUGUUGAGCGACAUGGGCUCCCAGUUUACUUCGUCCAUUAUGAGAGAAGUAAGUCGUUUGCUUUCGUUUAAACAGCUUACGACCACCCCAUAUCACCCCAUGACAAACAGACUGGUCGAGAGGUUCAACGGAACGCUAAAGCAAAUGUUGAAACGCAUGUGUGCUGAUCGGCCACGUGAUUGAGAUAAGUAUAUCAAUCCAGUAUUGUUUGCUUGUUUGGAAUUGUUUGCACAGAUUCCAACAAGCUGCUGAUGCAAUAGAAAUGGCCAUUCAACCUCAAGAAGAAAUUGAACAAAGUAGACUACCAGAUUGACAUGAAAGGUAGGUUGAAGACAUUUCAUGUUAACAUGUUGAAGAGGUACAUUGUCAGGAAUGCAAAUUCAGAGAUCGUGGAUGAUGACGAUGCUUUAGUUGGAUCUGCUGUAAUUGACUGUGAUGCACAGGAUGAUGACAAAGAUCAUGGAAUACAAAGUGUGGAAAAUGCAGGUUCAUCAAUUGUAGAUAUCAAUUCGGAUCUUAGUAUCGAAGACAAGAAGAAGGUAACUAUACUUUUAGAACAAUUUUCUGAUGUAGUAUCUGACAAUCCUGGUUACACGCAUCUGAUCGAACAUGAUAUCAAAACAAAUUCGAACCAGCCUAUCAGGGUUAAAUCAUAUGCAGUUCCCUUUGCAAUGAAAGAUGUAGUUGAAAAGGAAGUCGAGAAAAUGCUCCAACCGCAUGUCAUAGAACCGUCAGAAAGUCCUUAUUGUUCAUCAGUAGUACUUGUAAAGAAAAAAGAUAGUUCGUACCGUUUUUGUGUAGAUUUUAGGGCUAUCAAUUCAUGAUCAGAAUUUGAUGCUGAACCGAUGCCAAAUGCAGAUAAUAUCUUUCAAAAAUUGGCUAAUUACAAGGUGUUCUUGCUAAGGGUUAUUGGCAGGUUCCUCUGACAUUAACAUCAAAACCUAAAACAUCUUUUCAGACAUCCAAAGGUCUAUUUCAAUUUCGGGUUAUGCCGUUUGGUUUGGUGACAGCUCCAGCGACUUUUUCAAGACGAAUGCAUAAGUUAUUGUACGGAAUGUCAGACAUUGACAAUUUUAUUGAUGACAUUAUUCUUUUCACAGAAAACUUGAAUCAGCAUUUGGAAGUCCUUCGUGAACUCUUUUCUAGAUUGCGAAACGCAAAUUUGACAGCCAAACCAUCGAAGUGUGCAAUAGGGUACAGGAAUUUAGAGUGUCUAGGCCACAUUGUAGGUGAAAACCAGUUAAAACCACACCCAGACAAGGUAAGGGUAAUCCAGGAGGCGGUAAUACCCAGCACGAAACGACAGUUAAGGUCAUUUCUAGGACUAUUGAGUUUUUAUAGGAAGUUUAUUCCAAAUGUUUCCUCUAUUGCAUUACCUUUUUCGGAUUUAACAAAGAAGGGGUCACCAAACAGAAUCAUUUGGAAUCAGCCACAGGAGAAAUCGUUUCAGUCAUUGACGGCUAUAUUUCUUCAAUCACCAAUUCGUAAACAUCCUGAUUUAUCAAAACAGUUCAUUCUACAGACUGACACCUCAGAUAGAGGAAUUGAUGCGAUACUGAUGCAGUUUGACGAUGAGUGUGGUUUGAAACUUCCAGUGGCAUAUGCUAGUCGGAAACUAAAGGAUAACGAAUGUACGCUAGCAUCAUGCAAUGGGCACUUGGCCUUCAAUCGUAUCGAUACCGCGCCAUUGCAAUCAGGAGAAAGGAUAACCAAGGAGCAAAUUAUCUUAGUAGACAGUGAGUGAUGUUGUGUGAUUUGUAUAUACACUGACUGUUGUUUUUAACCUUCGUAAAUGUGUGUUCAAAGUAUUAGCAUGCUUUUCCAAAAGGGGGAGGUGUUGUCACAUUUACGGUGUUACACGUUUGUACAGUAUGUUUUCAUUUAUCCUGUAGAGGACCCCUCUAGUCAAACACCCUUCAGAGAACCCCUCGAUAUUUGUAUUUUCCCGCGAUUCGCUAGUAAAAGCGGGAAAAUGAUGUAUUCACGUUACAGUAACGUGCUUUGUUAUAGGGGGUUUGGUCCAUUAUUGACCAAUAGAAAGGUAGCAUAGGGUCACAAUAGGAAACACGUUUGUUAGGCUGGUCAGUUUCUAGCCGCUCUUCACGAAGAUAGGACAAACUUUGGACGAAGAGGCCGUGCAACUUCAGAUUAACCAAACGCUUCAGCGUUCUAACAACGAAAUGCUGAAUAAUUUUUCAGAAAUCUUGGACAGAAGGCUUAACGUAGUUCAAAGACAUAUUAGUGAAAACCAAAAAACUUUUAGCCGAUAGACAAGAAGCGAAAAUCGAGCACGUGCUACCAGAUGGCUAUAAGUUUAAAAAGCGCGGGAACGAGGAACAAUGAUUGAGACAACACCCAUGCAAGUCACCUGGAAGUCGGAGCAGUGCUAUCGCUGCAAUAAAAAGGGGCACUGGAGGAGAGAGUGCACGGAGAUUUUGGAGGAAAAUAAGAUACGUGCAUUUUCUGAAUUAUAUCAAGUGAUAAAAAGCGAUAAUUUAAAUUCAGUUGAUAUGUAUUCUCGUGAUUGUACUAAAAAUCAGCCAUGCAUGAAUGAUAGUCCAGUAGAUAGAUUGAAAAAAAAAUAUAUAGGUCAGUGGCGUGUUAUUGGGGCUAACUCUUACGUUUUAGAAGUUCUUGAAAAUGGGUACAAAUUGCCUUUAUUUACUUCGCCAGGUGCGGCUGAGUUAACAAAUAACAGAUCGGCUGUAAAGAAUGCUGAAUUUGUAACAAAGGAAGUUAAUGCUUUGUUAAAGAAAGGGUGUAUUUCAGAGAUGCAUUGUAAACCAAAGUGGUGACCAGUUUGAACGUGGCUGGUAGUAAAUCUACUAAGUUAAGGCUAGUUUUAGAUGCAAGGCAUGUUAACUCUUAUUUAUUCAAGUUCAGGCACAAGUAUGAAGAUGCUAAUACGUCAAGGUUUUUGUUUACUGCGGGAGAUUAUGUUUUUUCUUUUGAUCUUAAAAGUGCCUAUCAUCAUAUUGAAAUUCAUGAAUUGUCAAGAGAGUAUUUAGGUUUCAAGUGGAUGGGGAAUUAUUAUGUAUUCAAUGUGUUACCUUUUGGUAUUAGCACAGCAGGAUAUAUUUUCUCAAAGGUUAUGAGGGAAAUAGUUAAGUUUUGGAGGUCGAAAGGUUAUCGAAUUGUCAUGUAUUUAGAUGACGAUUUUGGUGGUGGAUCAAAUCUGCAAGAAGCAGAAUGGGUCAGUAGAAUGAUUCAGUCAGAUCUAAGAAGGUUGGGUUUUCUGACAGCUAUUGCUAAGUGUCAGUGGAAACCAACACAAGAGGUAGUGUGGCUAGGGUUGGUAUGGAACACAGAAAAAGAUAAAAUUAAGGCAGCCGAAAAAAGGAUAGAAAAGUUAAAACUAUGUUUAGAAAGUAUCAUAAGUGCACAUCAGAGGGGUUGUGUUUGGUUUGAAGUUAGGGGCAUCGCGUCGGUCACGGGUCAGUUAAUUUCAACCCAGGUAGUGUUUGGGAAACAGGUCAGAUUGAGAACUAGGUAUCUGUUUUAUUGUAUCUCAAAUAGAUCAAGCUGGAACUCAUAUAUUAGGCUUAGUGAAGAAGCAAUAGGAGAGUUGGAAUUUUGGUUCCAUAAUAUGGAGGAAAUGAACCAUAAAGGUUCAUCGUUGAGUCAGUUGACGGAUCAGAGCAGUGCUCAGAUACAUGUAUCUAUUUAUUGUGAGGCGUCAGAUUCAGGUUACGGUUGUUAUUUGACAAAUUGUUCUAUUGAUGAACAGUGUAUGAUUUUUUAUGGAUUCUGGAAUGUUGGGGAACAAAAGCAAAGCUCUACGUGGAGAGAGCUAGAGGCUGUACGAAGAGUUUUAGAUCAGUCAGUUGACGAGGUUAGAGAUAUGUCAGUUGAUAUAUUUUGUGAUAACCAGAAUGUAGAACACAUUUUACUGGUUGGCAGCAAAAAGAGAAAACUUCAAAAUAUUGCAAUAUCGGUAAAGAAUUUUUGUUCAGAUAAUGGCAUUGCUUUGAAAAGUCAGUGGAUUCCAAGGGCAAAUAAUACAUUUGCAGAUAGAUUGAACAAGUUAAGUUAUUGUGAUGACUGGUCGAUUAAACAAAGUGUUUUUGAUUACUUCGAUAGAAGAUGAGGACCGCAUACAUGUGAUAGAUUUGCAUGUCAGUUCAAUGCAAAAUGUCUUAAAUUUAAUUCUAAAUACUGGUGUACAGGAACUAGUGGUAUAGAUGCGCUUCGUAGAGGUUGGUCCGAUAAGGUUAACUGGGUUGUUCCUUUACCCGCAUUGAUACCAGAGGUUAUUAGAAAGAUAGAAAAUGAAAAGUGCAUUUGCACAUCGGUGUGUCCGGAGUGGGUUUCGGCUCCAUUCUGGGCAAUGUUGUUUGAUAAAGGAGUUUUCGAACCAUAUGUUAAAAAUUAUCCAAGUCUUAAAAAGCAAGAUGUUAUUUUUCCAGGAAGGGGGAAUAACGGAAUGUUUGGGAAACAUGAACUAUUGUUUAAUAUGAUUUUCUUGAAUAAAGUAUUCUUAAUAUUUAUUUCUGUUAGCAGGAUUAGGUCUGCAGGAGAGCCUUAAAGGAUUGGCAAGGGAGCAUGGUGUACAAGCCGGAAGGUACCUGGAGGAUUUGUGUCCGAGACUAGCCGUAUAUUUAUUGUCCAGCAAGAGUGAUAGCACAAAUGCAGCAUAUUAUAACUCGUUUAGCAGAUGGAAAGUUUUUAUCAAUGCGCAGGGGCAUUGCGCGUUACCGGCCAAUCCCAUUCAUUUUGCUCUUUAUUUGACGCAUUUAUUAGAGUCAGGAUCUUUUAAUUAAUAAUUCUGCAAUUUAUGGAAUCAGAUGGGCGCACGAAUUGGUUGGUUUGCCGGAUCCUACAAAGAAUUCGUAUGUUUCUUCAUUGCAAGAAUAUGCUAGAAGGGUAGCAUCACACCCAGUGAUUAAGAAGGAGCCUAUAUCCAAAGACAUGAUUAUAUCACUUUGUAGUAAAUUUAUUGACUGUAAUGACUUAUUAAUUGUAAGAAACAUGCUGAUGAUUCUUUUUGGUUUUGCUGGAUUUUUAAGGUUUGAUGAAUUCAGCUCGCUUACGUUUGGAGAUGUCAAGAAUUUUGAAAAUUUUAUUAAUUGAUUAUCAGAAAAAGUAGAACAAAUAAGUAUAGGCAAAAGAAAUGAAGUUUAAUAUCAAAGGGCUGUACAGUGGCAUGUCCGGUGAAUAUGUAUUCUAGAUAUUUAGUUCUAAUCGGUCAGGUAGAUGAUGGUUUUUAUAUUUUUAGACCAGUAUUUAGAUCUAUAAAAACAAAAAACUUAAGUUACUCUGCCGCUAGAUCUAACAUUGUGUCUUUGUUAAAGUCUGUAGCUGGAUAUGAUAUCAAUAUAGGGUUGCAUUCUCUGAGGGCGGGUGGAGCUACAGUGGCUGCAAACGGAAGUGUGAAUGAUAGGUGCAAGGUGAAGAUAACGAACAGUGAUCUUAAAAGACACGCCAGGCGCAAAACUGACAGUGCAAAAGAUGGUUACAUUGUAGACUCGAUUGAGAAGCGUUUGGAUAUUUCCAAAGCGCUAGGGUUAUGAAUUGCAUUUGCAGCACACACCCUUCUUUGUGUUUUUUCUAGAACAUGCGUGGCUAGCGUUAUGCUAUGUAUAGAGGUGUUGUAGUUAUGUUUAGAGUAGUUAGUAAAGUUAAUAUUUGUAUUUUCCCGCGAUUCGCUAGUAAAAGCGGGAAAAUGAUGUAUUCACGUUACAGUAACGUGCUUUGUUAUAGGGGGUUUGGUCCAUUAUUGACCAAUAGAAAGGUAGCAUAGGGUCACAAUAGGAAACAAGUUUGUUAGGCUGGUCAGUUUCUAGCCGCUCUUCACGAAGAUAGGACAAACUUUCAGUUAUACAUUAGUUUUGUUUUAUGUAGGCUUACAGGUUUUGUGUGAGGUCCGUCACACUCCUCCUGCACCUUGGAGUAAUGGCAUCGGAUACAGGUUUCCUAGAGUUUUUCUCGAUUUUUUAAUCGUUUUAUUUCUAGGUUUUUCCUGGCCUGCUCGGGUGUGCUAAAGGGGGGCUUAUUAACGUUAUUGAAUAUUGUGUGUGGAGUAUUACUGUAUAUUGUGUAUGGAACAUUAUUGUACAUUGGUGUGUUUUUCAUAUUUGUGAUUAAAUAUAAUAAAUGUGCACGGCCUCCAACGUGCGUGGCUAGCGGUAUGCUAUGUAUAGAGAUGUUUUGGUUAUGUUUUGAGUAGGUAGUAAAGUUAAUACCUGUAUUUAUUCACCUGAGUUUAGGAUUUCACUCUCUUCGGACCGUGUUCCACGCAAUACAGUAACACGAGUUCCUGUAAUUUUCUUUUUGUCAAACUCCUAAGUUAAGUUAGAAAUUCGUACAGACACGACUUCUGAGGUCCCGGUGUAAUGAAUCAUGGUACAUGUACUUGGUGUUCAACGUAAACCGGACCAAAUGUGAACAUUGCUAGUAACGAAUACCUGAGCCAGCAGUGGAGAAUGACUAUGUACAAUGUCUGAAAUAUAAAGUGAAAACGUUUGAAA